UAUUUUGUCUAGAUUAAUGCAUAUUACACUGUAUUUAGCUGAAAACAAUAUGGCGUUUAGAGGUACUUCCGACAAACUAUAUACGCCAAAUAAUGGAAAGUUCUUGGGUUUAGUACAACUACUAUCCAAAUUUGAUCCAGUUAUGGAGGAGCACUUGCGUUUAGCUGUAAAGGGUGAUGUUUCUGACCACUACUGCGGAAAAGACAUUCAAAAUGAAUUAAUAGAGCUGAUGGGUGAAAAAGUGAAGUCAGAAAUCAUAUCACGUGCAAAGAAAUCGAAAUAUUAUUCUAUUAUAGCUGACUGUACUCCGGACAUUAGUCAUAUAGAACAGCUUUCACUGACAAUACGAUUUGUUGAUUUAUCAUCAGAUAUCGAUAAAAUAUCAGUAAAAGAGCAUUUCAUAGAAUUUAUACCUGUUAAUGAGUCGACUGGUGAAAGGCUGACUGAAGUUAUUAUUGAUAUUUUAAAUAAAUACGGACUGGAAUUGAAAGAUUGUAGAGGUCAGGGCUAUGACAACGGAGCAAACAUGAAAGGAAAAAAUAUUGGAGUUCAAAGAAGAAUUCUGGACAUAAAUCCUUUAGCUGUAUAUGUACCGUGUGGCUGUCAUAGCUACAAUCUCGUACUAUGCGAUGCCGCUAAGUCAUCUGUAAAAUCUGUCACUUUGUUUGGAGUACUUCAGAGGUUGUUUACGUUGUUUUCAGCUUCUGUUCAUCGAUGGAAAAUUCUGACCGAUCACUUGGGAUUGUACACUAUAAAAAAACUCAGUGACACGCGUUGGGAAGCAAGAAUAGGCAGUGUUAAAGCAGUCCGUUAUCAAAUUAGCGCCGUCCAUGACGCUUUAAUCACUUUGGCUCUCGAAACUCAGCAAACUGAUGUUCAAGUCUCUCAUGAGGCUACUACUCUAGCCGAACAGCUAAAAGAUUUCGGCUUCAUAGUUUCAUUGGUUGUCUGGUAUGACAUACUUUUUCAAAUUAAUGUCGUUAGUAAAUCUCUACAAUCAACAGACAUGGAUCUCGGUAAAUGCACAGACAUGCUGAAAAAAUGCUGCAAUUUCUUGGAAGAAUAUAGAAAUACAGGCUUUAAAAGCGCCAUUCUAACUGCGAAGGAAUUGGCUGAAGAGUUAGAAAUAGAACCUGUGUUUAGAGCGACAACAAGAAUUCGACGUGUUAAGCGCCAAGCUGGUGAAACUGCCCAAGAUGAGCCUAUAACUUCUCCAGAAAAAAAAUUUGAGGUUGAAUUUUUCAACUGUCUUUUGGACACGACGUUAACUUCACUCAACGAAAGAUUUGAACAGUUAUGUGAGUACUCGGAAUCUUGGUCUUUUUUGUUUAAUUUAAAACAGAUUCCAGAAAAACACGACCUUAUCAAACUCUGUAGUGAUCUUCAAUUGAAAUUAAAUGUAAAUUCCAAUCAGAUAUCAGGAUGUAUGUUGUGCGAUGAACUCAUAAGUCUGAAAUCGUUUUUGCCUGAUCAGAAAGUGGUUACUCCUGUUUUUGUUUUAAAUUUUAUUAAAGACCGCAACUUAAAAGAACUAUAUCCAAAUGUUUGGAUAGCAUUACGAAUAUUAUUAAAUAUUCCCGUAACGGUUGCUAGUGGAGAGAGGAGUUUUUCUAAGCUUAAGCUAAUAAAAACCUAUCUGCGAUCGACGAUAUCACAAUCUAGAUUGACAAACUUGGCAACUUUGUCGAUCGAAAAUGAAAUAGCUGAAAACAUCGACUUUGAUAACUUUAUUAAAGAGUUCGCCGAUAGAAAGGCUAGAAAAGUAAAAUUUUAUUAGUUUUUUUAAUAAAUGUUUAUUUCUUUUCAUAAAUGGUUAUUUCAUUAUUAUCCUUCGCCUUUUUUCGUAUGGGUUUGAAUUGCAAUUAGGGGGCGCCGUAGAAAUCUCGCCCAGGGCGCUGUUAGUACUAAAACCG